UGUGUGUGUGUGUGUGUGCGCGCGCGCGCGCGUGUGUGAGAGCAGCAGCGGCGAAUCCUCAGCAGGAGGGAGACACACAACCACCAGAGACUUAAACAGGACUCCAAUUCCACCCUGGCUACCAAAUGGAUCAUACUGAAUACCUUCAUCUGACAAUGUCUUCACAUGGCUUUUCCUAUCAGAUGACACCCAGAUGAGACAAUCAUCCUUGCCUUCCCACAAUCAGAGACUCUGCUACUCAGAUCAGUGCAUGUCUGGCAGGCUUCAUGGAUGGCAUCUCAUCACCUAAAUGUUCUUCAGUACAGGUUGACAACAGUCACCUGAGGCCAUCCUCCCAUGCACCCAUCGGCUCCAUGGUAACACACCUCCACCCUUCGGUCAUAAGCGGUAUUGCAUCACCCUACGCUGUCAUCACCUCCUCCUCAUCAUUGAGCUCAACCACUUCAUCCCUGCCUAGCACACCUAACAUGGGCUUCAAUCCUCAGAUGAACACCCUGGAUGCCUCAAGAGAUGUUAAACCUCCUGCUAACAUCAGUAGCAGUUAUCAGUGCCUUAGUCCAGGCUCUCUGUCCAAACACCUGUGCUCCAUAUGUGGAGAUCGAUCUUCUGGUAAACACUAUGGAGUAUACAGCUGUGAAGGCUGCAAGGGCUUCUUCAAGAGAACUAUCCGGAAAGACCUGACAUACACAUGCCGGGACUGUAAGGAGUGUUUAAUAGAUAAGCGGCAGAGAAACCGCUGUCAGUACUGCCGCUAUCAGAAAUGCCUGGCAAUGGGAAUGAAGAGGGAAGCUGUACAGGAAGAAAGGCAACGGGGUCGAGAUAAAAAUGACAACGAGGUUGAUUCCAGCAGCGGUUUAAACGAAGAAAUGCCAGUGGAGAAGAUUUUAGACGCCGAAUUAUCCGUGGAGCCAAAAACAGACACCUACAUCCAGACUAAUGCAGACACCUCAACAAAUGACCCCGUAACCAACAUCUGCCAGGCAGCUGAUAAACAGCUGUUCACCCUGGUGGAGUGGGCAAAACUCAUCCCGCACUUCUCUCAGCUACCUCUGGAUGACCAGGUCAUCCUCCUGCGAGCAGGCUGGAACGAGCUGCUCAUCGCAUCGUUCUCUCAUCGCUCUGUGUCAGUGAAGGAUGGCAUUGUGUUAGGCACAGGCCUGCAUGUCCACCGCAACAGUGCACACACUGCAGGAGUGGGGUCCAUCUUUGACAGGGUUCUUUCUGAGCUGGUGUCUAAAAUGAAGGACAUGCAGAUGGAUAAGACGGAGCUCGGCUGCCUCAGAGCCAUCGUUCUCUUCAACCCAGAUGCCAAAGGUUUAUCCAGUCCAUCUGAGGUAGAGGCACUGAGGGAAAAAGUUUAUGCCUCACUGGAGUCAUACACCAAGCACAAAUAUCCAGACCAGCCAGGCAGGUUUGCGAAGCUCCUGCUGCGUCUUCCUGCUCUUCGCUCCAUUGGCCUCAAGUGUCUCGAGCAUCUUUUCUUCUUUAAGCUCAUCGGUGAUACUCCAAUAGACACGUUCCUCAUGGAGAUGCUGGAAGCUCCACACCAAAUCACGUGAUGCUAAUUAUGCCCUUUACCUUGUAAAUAUCCACCUCUUUACCCUGAUCUUCUUUUAUACUACAUUUUAAACAAAGGACAUUUUAAUUGUUAUUAACCAAAAAGCUGAGUAUUAAUGUUAAUUUUGUACAUAGAUUUCGCCACUGAUGUAGUACAAAGUGAUUCUGUUCACUGUGAAAUUGUGUAAACUGCCAACAUGUAUUUUGUAAUGUUAUGUAAAAAGAAUAAAAACAAUUUAAAA